AACGGGGAUUAGAAGCGGGAAGCCCACGUGGGCCGGGCCGACGACCUCGCGUCUCCCCCGGCGCCGGGAAAGGCGUCGGCGCUCAAGCCAGCAGCGUUAGUGUCGGCAUCGUCCCGCCCCCGAGGCCCGGCCCCUGAAAGAGCUCCCUGGGAGAAGUCCCGCCCAGUCCUCCCGGGGACGGGACGGACAGGCCGGGCGGCGAUGGAGCGGAGGAGGCCCGGGCCCGGAGGGGGACGGGGACGGGGACGGGGACGGGGGGUGUCCGUCGCGGGGCCUCUGCCGCCGUUGCUGCCGCCGCCGCUGCCGCCGCCGCCGCUGCUGCUGCUGCUGCUGCUGCUGGCGUCGCCGGGCCCGGGGCAACCGCGGCCGCUGCCCGCCCCCGACGCCCCCCGACCCCCCGCGCCGCCGGACGCCGCCCGCCCGGCCCUCCGGACGCAACCCCGCCACCGCCAGCAAGGCCCGCCAGCGCCGCUCCGCCCGCCCCGGGGCCCGCAGCCUUGUGACUCUCAAGUCCUGGACUGGCCGCAGCUGGACGAGCGAAUGCCGCUGAAACGAGGUUGCGGCCCGGCAGAGACCCCGGAUGAGCCCAGGAAUCUGGACCACCGUCAACCGCUGCCCCAGGAAGAUCCCACCCAGGGUCACUCGGUGGAGGUGAUCUCCCUCUUCAAGGAAUUCCUCACCACCUACAGUCGGAGCUACGCCAAUGCCACAGAGACUCAGCGACGUCUUGGCAUCUUCGCCCACAACCUGGAACGGGCCCGAAGGAUCCAGGAGCUGGACCAGGGUUCAGCCCGAUAUGGAGUCACCAAGUUCAGUGACCUCACAGAGGAGGAGUUUCGGACCUUCUACCUAAACCCGGUGCUGAGCCGUGUCCCCGGCCGCCCGCUGCGCCCGGCCCCGCCCGCCGCUGGGCCCGCACCCCCGGCGUGGGACUGGAGGGAGCACGGGGCUGUUACCAGCGUCAAAGAUCAGGGCAUGUGCGGGUCGUGCUGGGCCUUCUCUGUCACGGGCAACGUGGAAGGCCAGUGGUUCCUGAAGCGGGGGACGCUGCUGUCUCUCUCCGAGCAGGAGCUGGUGGACUGUGACACGCUCGACCAGGCCUGUGGGGGGGGCCUCCCCUCCAACGCCUACACGGCGAUCGAGACCCUCGGGGGCCUGGAGACAGAGAGCGACUACAGCUACCGGGGCCGUCGGCAGCGUUGCGGCUUCUCCCCGGACAAGGCCACCGUCUACAUCAACAGCUCGGUGGAACUGAGCCGGGAUGAGGCGGAGCUCGCGGCCUGGCUGGCCGAGAACGGCCCCGUGUCCGUCGCCCUCAACGCCUUCGCCAUGCAGUUCUACCGUGGCGGGGUCUCCCACCCCUUCCGGCCGCUGUGCACCUCCUGGCUCAUCGACCACGCGGUGCUGCUCGUGGGCUACGGCAACCGCUCCGGCAUCCCCUUCUGGGCCAUCAAGAACAGCUGGGGCGCUGACUGGGGAGAGGAGGGCUACUACUAUUUGUACCGAGGGGCCCGAGCCUGCGGCGUCAGUACCAUGGCCAGCUCGGCUGUGGUGGACUAGAGGCCCGCCUGGGCCGCCGCCGUCUCCGUCGCCUACCGGGGAUGGUCCACGGCCCCUUCCGGCCCGGCGGGGGGCCCGCCCGACCUCGCUACGCCCACCCCCCCGCCCCCGCCACUUGGCCCUCGGUUAAGUAGAAGACCCUCACCUCACCGGUGGGAUCCUGCCCCUUCCCCCUCCCGGGGCCGGAGCCGAGCGUCAAGUGCACGGCGCGCGCCCCGUAAACACCUCGAUCGGCCGACGGGGGACGGGGGGGGUGACCGGCCCCGGUCCCGGAGCGAAGGGAGCGGGGUCGGAGCAGAAAGCCGGAGGCGGGAGGAGACGAGGAGAGCGGCAGCGGGGCCCAGGUGGGAAUUGGGCGCGGGGAGGGAAGGGUGAAGCCACCCGCUUUGAGCGCACGGGCUGGGGACAGAAUCUCUGUUCUCUGGGGAGGAGAAGGGGGUGGCCCCCAUCCUAAACUCUGUCUUCCUCUUAGAAGUAACUUUUUCUUUUUCCUGGAGUAGACUGUAGGCUCCUUGAGGGCAGAGAUGGGUCUUUUACCUCUGUCGUUCCCUGCUAAGUGCUUGGCAGAGCCCUCCGGGCCCCCGGCCCCCCCCCCCGCCGCGGCACUCAAUAAAGGCUGUUGUUCAUCCAA